AUGACUUGGCGCUAUACUGGAACCAACGAGAAGUCUGAUGCCGAAGUUAACCAACUAGCUCACUUCCAUCAGCACCCAGACUUCACAUUGGAGGAUAUCCCUGGCUUCAAUUGUGCUCGCAAGUCCAAACUAAUGGAUGAAUACCUGCAAGACAAGACAAAUCCACUGCGAGAAGAAUUUGGCUGGUGUCAGUCAACAGUCAAAAUACGCCUCCCAAAAGAACACCAGACAUGGCCAUCUGAGAAACAUGCACCAGAACUCGAGGUGCCAGGCAUUUAUCACCGCUCAAUAAUGUCAAUCAUCCGCUCAACAUUCGAGGAUGACAUUGCCAAGACAUUCCACAUGACUCCCUAUUCGGAGUACUGGAAGGUCUCUGACACCAAAACAGUCCAAGUCUACUCUGAAGCAUACUCCUCACCUGCCAUGCUUGGUGCCUAUGUGGAGAUCAAUGCCCUUCCUCGUGAACCAGAUGAUGACCUCGAACAUGUACUGGCCCCUCUCAUGAUGUGGUCCGAUGUGACCCAUCUUGCCAGUUUCGGAGACGCCUCGUUAUGGCCAUUUUACCUGUACUUUGGCAACCAAUCUAAGUACACUCGAGGGAAGCCAACAUGGUCUGCAUGUCACCACAUGGCCUACAUUCCCUUGCUUCCUGAUAAUCUCCAAGACAUAUAUGUUAACAUCUUUGGCAAAGGCACAAUGGACCAGGUCCACACAUUUCUCAAGCGUGAACUUGUUCAAUCGAUCUGGCAGCUGUUACUCGACAGGGACUUCAUGCACGCAUAUGAGCAUGGAGUAGUCAUUCAUUAUUAUCUGGAGAAGCGAGUUCUUCUCGCAACUAUUAAGUUUUUGGGCCAGUGUCUGUGCCCACAUUGUCUCAUCAAGAAAUCUGAUGUUCCCGAUAUGGGAACCAAGCUUGACAUGAAAUGCCGUGAGACUAGGCAGUGGUCGGGUGCAUCCGUUGAUGGUGCUCACAUCAAAAGUCUUCUCAAUGGUGAAUCUUAUGUCCCUAUCCACAUGAUUCAGUUGGGACCAUUUGACUUCAAUGUCUUCAUCAUCUUUGUGAUUGAUCUUCUGCAUGAAUUUGAACUUGGCAUUUGGAAGCAUAUUUUCAUUCACCUCUUGUGCAUUCUCCAUGCUCAAGGUGGUAGAGCAAUUCAAGAUUUGAAUGAGCACUAUUGGAUGAUCCCCACUUUUGGUCGCAGCACUAUUCGACAAUUUUGUACAAAUGCCUCAGCUAUGAAGCGACUAGUGGCUCGAGAUUUCAAAGACCUUCUUCAGUGUGCUCUUCCUGUAUUUGAGGGUCUGCUACCUGGAGUUCACAAUUUGAUGGUCUCGGACCUACUUUUCGACUUAGCCACUUGGCAUGCUUUUGCCAAGCUUCACAUGCACACUGACAAUACCCUUUCCUUCUUUGACCAUGCUACUGUCACUCUUGGGAAGACAGAGUAUGCUUCACAAGGCCAGUGUGAAGCUGCUCUGAGCACCAAGCAAGGACAAUCUUCCAAGCAAAAAGGGAAGGGACAGUCAUCUGGUCCAAAGGUCCAGAAACUUAACCUUCAAACUUACAAAUAUCAUGCGCUCGGAGAUUAUCCCAACACAAUCCAACUGAUGGGGACAACUGAUAACUACUCAACACAACUAGGCGAGUUGCAGCAUUGGUGUGCUAAAUGCUGGUAUCCCAGGACACCAAAAAAUAAGAAGACACUGCUGAAGAACAUGGUCGUUCAAGAGGCACGAACUCGUCUAAUUAACUUCAUCCCCCAACUCAAGGAUCAUCUCCUUGCUCAUCUCCAGGGUAUCAAUUAUUCAGGUGAUGAACAUGACUUCUCUGAUGCAGACCGAGAUCUUGUGGUCCUGGCCUACAACAAGAUCCAUGAGCAUAGUAUCCUACAGAUCAAUUACACAACCUAUGAUCUAUGA